CUUCCAAAAGUCAAACGUUCUCCGCAAAAUCAAGCAAAGCAAAUGGCGCGUUCUUCAAUCCUCCAUAGGCGUCUCGCCUCACUUCCUUCAAAGACCUUCUUUGUACCUGCAGCUUUAGCUCUCGUUUCCACACUUUCCAUUCUUUUUUACAUAUUCACAACUUCAACUCUCUUCAUUUCCCAUCAACACCAACACAAGCUUCGCUUAAAACCAACAUAUAUAUCUUUACAACCUUCACCAUCGACUCCCAAUCUCCCCUCAAAUGGUUUUAAAAAUGGGAGCUUUCACUUGUCAGCAAAGUCUCCAUCCAAUGCUUUUGGCGGCGGCGGUGGUAAUGAAGAUGGGACUGUGAAUCGAGUGUCUUCAAUAUCUCAUUUUGGACCAAAGGGAAUCAACAUCGAUGUCUUCCAUGACGGAGAUAUCUUUCUGGAGGAUUAUCGAGAGAUGAAGCGGAGCUUCAAGAUAUAUGUCUAUCCUCACAGUCGAAAAGAUUCCUUUGCUCAUGUAUUCUUGCCUGUGGAUUUCGAACCAGAGGGCAAUUACGCCAGUGAAAGCUACUUCAAAAAGGCUCUAAUGAAGAGCCAUUUCGUAACCAAAGAUCCGAGGAAGGCGGAUCUUUUCUUUUUGCCUUUCUCGAUCGCAAGGUUGAGGCAUGAUCGUAGAGUUGGUACGGGAGGUAUUCAAAAUUUUAUCCGAGAUUACAUCUCAAACAUUAGUAGAAAAUACCCUUAUUGGAAUCGCACCGGUGGAGCCGAUCAUUUUUAUGUUGCUUGUCACUCCAUCGGACGAUCGGCCAUGGCAAAAGCCGUGGAAGUAAAACUUAAUGCCAUACAGAUUGUGUGUUCUUCGAGCUAUUUCAUUUCCAGAUACGUUGCUCACAAGGAUGCAUCUAUACCUCAAGUAUGGCCGAGAACCGGAAAUCCUUCUAAUAUCGCCACAUGCAAAAGGAACAAACUUGCGUUUUUCGCUGGAUCGAUCAACUCCCCGGUGCGUGAAAAGCUUCUGGAGUUCUGGAGAAAUGAUUCGGUGAUAUUUGCUCAUUACGGUCGGCUUAAAACACCGUAUGCCGACGAGCUGCGUGGCAGCAAGUUCUGUUUCCAUGUAAAAGGCUUUGAAGUGAACACAGCUCGAAUAGCGGAUUCUUUAUAUUAUGGUUGUGUCCCGAUCAUAAUCGCCAACUACUAUGAUCUCCCAUUUGCUGAUGUACUGAACUGGAAGAGCUUCUCGAUUGCUGUCGUAACUUCCGAUAUCCCGUCCCUUAAGAAAAUCCUUCAGGGAAUAAGUUCCGACGAGUACUCGGCAUUACGACGCAAUGUGUUGAAGGUACGUAAACAUUUCCAGUGGCAUGUUCAUCCUACUGAUUUUGAUGCAUUUUUUAUGGUGAUGUAUGAGCUGUGGCUCAGACGAAGUUCUAUUCGAAUAAAUAAAUGACUGAUUGAUUGUAUUUGCCAAU